GGUAAAAGAAACAACUGCAGGGUCUAUCAGUUUGACUAAAGGACUCGUUGACACUGACCUGAGCAGUCCUCGCCUGUGGAUCUGCACAUUUCAUCUACCGAGCGAACCAAAUGCAGAGAGAAAGAUGCAUUUGGGCAAAGCUUUACUGUUUGUCCUCCUCCUCAACUGCGCGACUUUGAGCUCAUCUCUGUCAACUUGUGCCACCGUGGACAUCGACCAUGUGAAACGGAAGAGGGUCGAGGCGAUACGAGGUCAGAUUUUGAGUAAACUCCGACUGACAAGUCCUCCAGACUCUCUCGGACCGAGUAAAAUCCCGUAUCAAAUCCAAGCGUUGUAUAACAGCACCAAGGAGCUACUGGAGGAGCUCAGGAGGGAUCGGCAGCAAAGCUGCGGUCAGGACAACACAGAGACAGAGUACUAUGCCAAGGAGAUAUACAAAUUCAACAUGGUCUACGGACCGCCAGAAAGCAACGAUCUGCUCUACUGCCCAAAAGGCAUCACCUCUAAGGUUUUCCGCUUCAACGUCUCGGCCAUGGAGAGGAACUCGACCAACCUCUUCAGAGCAGAGUUUCGAGCUCUGCGGGUGCCAAACUUAAGUUCCAAGAGGAAUGAACAGCGGAUUGAGCUCUACCAGAUUGUGAGGCCAAACGAACACAUUAGGAAACAACGCUACAUCGCAGCCAAGAACGUGCUGACCAAAGGUACUGAAGAGUGGGUCUCCUUCGAUGUGACUGAAACUGUGCGGGAAUGGCUGACGAACAGAGGAACUAAUCUGGGUUUGGAAAUCAGUGUGCACUGCCCCUGCCACACAUUUAACACCAACGGUGACAUCAUUGACAAUGAGAAUGAGGUGCUGGAGGUUAGGUUUAAAGGUGUGGAUGGAGAUGAGGAGCAAAGUCGCUGGGAUCUGGAUCACCCGAGGAGGAGGAAGGACCAGUACAUGCCUCACCUCAUCCUCAUGAUGAUCCCACCACACCGCCUGGAAGCUCAGUCCACACGCCGACGCAAGAGAGCGCUGGACACAAACUACUGUUUCUCAAACACGGAGGAGAGCUGCUGUGUUCGCCGGCUCCACAUUGAUUUCCGUCGUGACCUGGACUGGAAGUGGAUCCAUGAGCCCAGUGGUUACGAUGCCAACUACUGCUCUGGGCCCUGCCCUUACCUGAGGAGCUCGGACACAACACACAGCUCGCUGCUGAGCCUGUACAACACUCUGAACCCGGAGGCAUCGGCCUCCCCCUGCUGUGUCCCUAAAGACCUGGAACCCCUCACUAUACUCUACUACUCUGGACGGACCCCAGUAGUGGAGCAGCUCUCCAACAUGAUUGUCAAGUCUUGCAAGUGUAGCUGAGAAGACGUGAAAGGCGAAGUAGUACGGCAGGAUUUUACUAGGUACUGACGAAAACCCAUGCUCGGUGACUUUUGGACUCUUAGCUGUGACAAAUACUUUACCUGACCCUGUGGCCUCGUGGCGUAGAUCUGAACAUCACUCUGGAGGACGCACAACUUUUUUUGAGGACGCAGAUUUUUCCUAAAAACUUGAGGUCAUCAUUUUUUUGUAGUUGCGUAUUUUUUCCCUUCCAACUCUGGAUGACAAGUAGUUAUUUUUAUCUUAAAAAGUCCAAACCAAAUGUCAAAGCCUGCACUUGAAAUAUUUCCCUCUAGAUUUGGGAAGGUGGAAAACACACCCAAAGCUAGAUUGCAGGCAGCCCUUUAAAAAUUUAAAUUUGCAUAAACAAAUCGGGAGAUGCCUCAAGGACAAUGAAUGAAAGAGUCUUAUUCUGUGGUUUAUUUUUCUGCUUCAGAGUUUGAGCAAAUAGGCCAUAAAGUUAUAAUAUCUUAAUUGUCAGUAGAGCAGUUUUCCUGUCUCUAGCCGUGGAGUGAUAUUGUCAAUAGUCACAAAUAUAGAUUGUGCUCUACCGAACGGUCGAAGAGUCCUUUCAGGCUGGAAUUUACCUUCACCUUGCCUUAGGUUCCCUUCCCUUCAAACAGUGGACAUUAUCUUCAAACACAAAAGGAGAAAAGGACAGACUUGCUGCUGUAUCCAGAGCCAUAGCUGUGGUCAGGGAAAAGGAGAGCUGAGAGAAUGCCUGCUGGAUUUGCAAUGGAAAGUGAAUGAACAAAGAAGUUGAGCCAAGCUUUUUUUUUUUUUUUUUUUUUUUGGCCAGCCAGUAGUAAUGGCCUUCUUUUUUCUUUUUUUUAUAUUUGCGGUGCAUCUAUUGGAAUGGAUAAAAGAAGAAGAAGAAGAAGAAGAAGAAAAAGAAGAAGAAGAAGAAGAAGAGGAAGAGGAAGAAGAAGAAGAAGAAGAAGGGACCUGUAUGGAAGCAAAGAACUGUGAUGGAUACAAGCCAUGAGCACACUACCAUUCACUGGAAGCUCUCAUCUCUAACAGGUUCAAAAUUAUUUAUGGGACAUCAAAGAAUAUACUGGAAAAUAACUUGUGUUAUGCAACAGUUUUUUUUAUUGGAUUUCUUUGACAUGAAUGGCAGAUUUGGUCUGUUAUGCAACUUGUCAUAUAGUGAUUGUUUCAUUAACUGGCACAAAAAUCAACAUUAUCUCCAUCGGUGGAAACACUUUUAUAUUAAACUAAGGGUACUUUUACAUUUCCUUGUGAUUUUUGUCCAAUAAGUUUGACCUGUUGUAUGUGAUCCAGUAUAUGUUUGACUUAAGUCUCAUUGUAUUAAAAGGUGACUGUCCCCAGAAAGUUAAAUCAGAGCACUUUUCUCCAACAAUAAUAGGAAAUUGCGUGUCAUUUAAAAUGCAGUGUACUUCUUUACUCUCCUAUCAACUCACCCGUCACCCGUCACUCCAGCCAGCUGACAAAGAAGUGUGUAGUUCCCAAAAACACUGCGGUCUUUCAUUCCCU